AUGGAUGUGUAUGGAUUAGUUGAACGUCAUGCAAAACAUGAUGAAAAAGAGGCAAAGGCCAAACUAAUAAGUAUAUUUUUCGGUUUAAACACUUUGUACAAUGGCGAACUAUCAAGCAACCCCAUCCGUCGUCUUCGUAUCCCCGCCGUCGAUGAAGGAUGGGAUGGUUUCAAAGUCCUUUUCAACAAUUAUGUACAACACAUUUUCGAGAAGAAUGACAAUAAAAGACAAAUAACUUUACACCAAUUAGAGACCCGUUUGUUUCUGGUUUUCGGACUAAUUUAUACCUUUCUACAGCAUAAAAUGGCCCAUCAGAAGACAAUGAACCAGUUAACUUUUACCCUCAAAGAACGGACUAGUCUAAAAUCACAGCCCAAUACAAUAAAGGCAAUGGAUAUAAUGUGUGCUUUGGUAUAUUCUAGUGGAAAGUUGGCUGGUGACCCUAUUUACGAACAAAAAGGAAAAAAGUCAGAAGUACUAAACAGUGCAGCGCUUGGAAACAACUCAGACGACGCAAAAAAUACCGUUUCAACCUUAGAAACUCACUUCCAAUACAACAUUCCGAAAUGA